AACAAACUAAUAGGAUUGAAAAUGCAUUGAUUUAUUAUCAAGAAAGUAACUGUUCCAUUAACUCAUUAUUGAAUUUAGAACAUGCUAACAUUUCUACUUUACUUACUGAAUUUACUGAACCUAUGUUUACUAAAUCCAUUAAACUUACUGAACUUAUAUUUACUGAAUUCACUGAACCUACAUUUACUGAAUCUGCUGAACCCACAUUUACUAAAUCCACUGAAUCAACCAAAUUUAUUAAAUCUAUCGAAUUUACAGAAUCUAACAAUAUGCUUGUUAAAUUUACUGAACUUACCACCUCUUUUAUAUCAGUUGAAUAUAUUGAAUUUAUUGCUUCUGUAGAUUCUACAGAUUUCACUUCUGCACCUAUUGAGUUAAUUGAAUAUGCUAAAACAUCCAA